GGCGGCCCCGGUGCCCGCGCUGCCCCUCGGGGCGGGGAGGGGGCGCCGGACGGAGCCUCGCCGCGCGCCUCGCGCCAGCGCCCGGCCGCCCGCCCAACUCAGCCCAGUUCGGGGCUUUUUUAACCCGUGAGCGCAGCGGCGAGCGGAGAAGGGGGUGUGUGCCCGGGGAGGGCCGAGGCGCGGCCGCCACCUCCUCUUAACUCUCGCGGCCCGGGAGCGGCCGCCACAAGGAGAGGGGGCAGCGCGGCGGCGGCGGCGGCCCGGGGAGGCAAGCGCGCGCGCCCCCUCACUCCCCGCCCGCCGGGCUCGGGGGGCGCCGCCAGGCAAGAGGCGAAGGCAGGCACGCUCCGGCGAUGAGGCGCCCGCUGCCCCCUGCGCUGGUGGCGGCCGGGGCCGGGAUCCAAGGACAAAGCCGGGAAGCGCUGGCGGCGCCGCUCCCCGCGCCGAGGGGGGGGCAUGCACCUGCAUAGCCCGCCGGGCCUCGGCUCUGCCCGGCGCGCCUCAACUCCGCGGCUUCGCCCGAGCCAGCUCCGGAUUUACUAGAAGCCAUUUUGUCUCCCCCACCCCUCCCGUCCCCUCCCCUCGGCCCUACCCACCCCCCCUCGGCUCCCCCCCACCCCACCCCCGCCCCCCCUCCAACCUUGGGUUAAUUACAACUAAGAAGUAAGAAUGGGCUCGAGCUAGCCGGCUCCCCGCGAGACGGCUUGAGGACACCACGCCAAAUUCUCGCCGGUCUGCCGAGAUGGAACGCGGAGCUCCCAGCUCACUUAAGCCGGGGUAGGGCUGGUUCUCCUUUGCGAGCCAAAAUCCCAGGCGAUGGUGAAUUAUGAACGUGCCACACCAUGAAGCUCUUGUGGCAGGUAACUGUGCACCACACCUGGAAUGCCGUCCUGCUCCCCGUCUACCUCACGGCGCAAGUGUGGAUUCUGUGUGCAGCCAUCGCUGCUGCCGCCUCGGCAGGGCCCCAGAACUGCCCGUCCGUCUGCUCGUGCAGUAACCAGUUCAGCAAGGUGGUGUGCACGCGCCGGGGCCUCUCCGAGGUCCCCCAGGGCAUCCCCUCCAACACCCGGUACCUCAACCUCAUGGAGAACAACAUCCAGUUGAUCCAGGCCGACACCUUCCGGCACCUCCACCACCUGGAGGUCCUGCAGCUGGGCCGGAACUCCAUCCGGCAGAUCGAGGUGGGGGCCUUCAACGGCCUGGCCAGCCUCAACACCCUGGAGCUGUUUGACAACUGGCUGACCGUCAUCCCCAGCGGCGCCUUCGAGUACCUGUCCAAGCUGCGGGAGCUGUGGCUCCGCAACAACCCCAUCGAGAGCAUCCCCUCGUACGCCUUCAACCGCGUGCCCUCCCUCAUGCGCCUGGACCUGGGCGAGCUCAAGAAACUGGAGUACAUCUCGGAGGGCGCCUUCGAGGGACUGUUCAACCUCAAGUACCUGAACCUGGGCAUGUGCAACAUUAAGGACAUGCCCAACCUCACGCCCCUGGUGGGCCUGGAGGAGCUGGAGAUGUCCGGGAACCACUUCCCCGAGAUCCGGCCCGGCUCCUUCCAUGGCCUCAGCUCCCUCAAGAAGCUCUGGGUCAUGAAUUCCCAGGUCAGCCUGAUCGAGCGGAACGCCUUCGACGGGCUGGCCUCGCUCGUGGAACUGAACCUGGCCCACAACAACCUCUCCUCGCUCCCCCACGACCUCUUCACCCCGCUGAGGUACCUGGUGGAGCUGCACCUGCACCACAAUCCCUGGAACUGCGAUUGUGACAUUCUGUGGCUGGCCUGGUGGCUGCGGGAGUACAUCCCCACCAACUCCACGUGCUGCGGCCGCUGCCACGCUCCCCUGCACAUGCGCGGCCGCUACCUGGUGGAGGUGGACCAGGCGGCUUUCCAGUGCUCCGCCCCCUUCAUCAUGGACGCGCCCCGGGACCUCAACAUCUCCGAGGGUCGGAUGGCGGAGCUCAAGUGCCGGACUCCCCCCAUGUCCUCCGUGAAGUGGUUGCUGCCCAACGGGACCGUGCUCAGCCACGCCUCCCGCCACCCGCGGAUCUCCGUCCUCCACGACGGCACCUUGAACUUCUCCCACGUGCUGCUCUCAGACACGGGGCUGUACACGUGCAUGGUGACCAACGUGGCGGGAAACUCCAACGCCUCGGCCUACCUCAACGUGAGCACGGCCGAGCUCAACACCGCCAACUACAGCUUCUUCACCACCGUCACCGUGGAGACCACAGAGAUCUCGCCCGAGGACACGACGCACAAGUACAAGCCCGCGCCCACCACGUCCACGGGUUACCAGCCGGCGUACACCACCUCCACCACGGUGCUCAUCCAGACCACCCGGGUGCCCAAGCAGGUGGUGGUGCCCGCGACAGACACCAACGACAACACGCAGACCAGCUUGGAUGAAGUCAUGAAGACCACCAAGAUCAUCAUUGGCUGCUUUGUGGCCGUGACUCUGCUCGCUGCCGCCAUGUUGAUCGUCUUCUACAAACUCCGGAAGCGGCACCAGCAGCGGAGCACGGUCACGGCCGCCCGGACCGUGGAGAUCAUCCAGGUGGACGAGGACAUCCCGGCGGCAGCAUCCGCAGCGGCCACCGCAGCUCCGGCCGCUGGCUCAGGUGAGGGGGCGGUCGUGCUGCCCACAAUUCAUGACCAUAUUAACUAUAACACCUACAAACCAGCACACGGGGCCCACUGGACAGAAAACAGCCUGGGGAACUCGCUGCACCCCACAGUCACCACUAUCUCUGAACCUUACAUAAUUCAGACCCAUACCAAGGACAAGGUACAGGAAACUCAAAUAUGACUCUCCCUGUUCCCCCGAAAAACUUAAAAAAAAAUGCAAUAGAAUGCACACACACACCCACACCCACACCCACCCACACACACACAUACACCGAGACAGCAACUUUUGUACAGAGUGGGGAGAGACUUUUUCUUGUAUAUGCUUAUAUAUUAAAUCUACGGGCUGGUAAAAGAAACAGAUUAUAUUAAAAUUUAAAAACAAAAAUUCAAAACAAAACUAUUUUCUAACUUGUAAGUUCUAUCGAAAGGGGGAGGGGAGAGCCUCGGCAACGGUGGUGGGGAGAAGCCACACGUCGGCUGCCUGGCCGAGUCGCCAGAGGAGCGCGCUGGUCUCAGGGCGAAAGUGCUCAGCUUAAACCCCACACCAGCCCCUGGAGAGGCAGAGGCAGGACACAGGAUGCUGGGUGGUGGCGGCGGGGGGGUAGGGGGGGCCCUGUUUCCAUCCUUUUUUAAAAGACGCUUCCUAGGAUACAAGAAUACCCAUUUCUAGGUAACCUUUCUUAAGCUGAGAGCCGUCUUUGCAGAUUUAUCUUCUUACAAAAAAAAAAGAGAAUUAUUUCAAACGAAAAAGCACCAUGAAUUUGUACUGUGCUAAAAUGUUGAGGCAAUAAAAUUUUUUCUCUCCCCCCACCCCCUUCAGAAUCUGAGGGGAAGACAGAUCUGUAAAUAAUAAUUCCAAACAGGAAAAACCACCCAAAUUUCACGGACUCCUUAAAGGGGCUAAGCCUUCCCUUUGCGCACGAGUCUCCUUGGUGUGUGCGCCGGGCGGGACAGGCCCCGCUGUCCGACGCUCUCACACUGCACCAGAUUCAGGCCCUGGGGAUUAACCCGCUCUGGGCAACGCGUGUGUGUCUACUCAGGGCUUCCCCUAAGGAGGAGGGCCCCCCCCCUCAAAGGGGGUGCGGCACCAGACAGGGGUGAGGCGGGAGCGCCCAAGCUGUCAGAAUGUAUUCACAGGGGACCCGACAGACGUUCGAAGGAGCUACCCCACCUGUUGUCCCCACCCCCUCGCCCCCACCC